ACUACGUGGCGUUCAAUGCCGAUGUUCAGUCAAACCUCCAGCUCAAUACUGCCAUCAGCAUGGAUCUCAAAGUACUAGUACCCCUACCACACCUACCGCCCCAAAGCCGACGACAGAUGUGAAUUCGCAAUGCCGUGAACUCGCGCUACGUGACGUUCAAUGCCAAUCUCAAGGCAAUAUGACCCCUACCGUCCGGCCAACAGUGCAAUGCAAUGCCAAAUCCAAGUCGAAAGGACGUCGAUGUAAACUGUGGGUCUCGAUUAUCCCCGGGCAACUCACAAAGGAUUCUUCGCAACCAAUCUAUUGUCGUUAUCAUAUUCCAGCUCUAGUGGGAAUUAUGACACACGUUGCCAACGAGGGGUUCAAAGUGCAGCCGGUCGGCCGGGAAGAGGUUUUCGUCCGUUUUUGUGACUAUAUUCCUGAAUAUCUGCAACCCGAUACUCGACAGCGACUACGAAAUGCCAUCACAAGAGAUAUUUCGGAAAGGUUCAGGAUACCAGGCUACGUAUAUGCGCUAAACGUGUUCGACCCCGAAAUUGAGGGAAAGCUUUCGUUGAAGAUUGGAUAUAGCAACGAUGUCAAGAAACGUCAUGCAGAAUGGAGGAAUAAAUGUCGAUCUUCCAUAAGAGAUGUUCGCGGGUGGUGGCCUGGGACCAUAAUCGAAGCCAAGGAUGAUGACAAGAUGUCGAUACAGGAGCUCAUCGGAAAUAACCGCCAGGGUGCCAAGGGUCCGAUGGCUGAACACCUCGAACGGUUGGUGCAUAUCGAGCUCAAUGAUCUGGCAACGCAUGCUCCUUACCUGCAUCCCAAUUUUCCUGACGUCCACUUUUCGGACAUUCCACGUCUGCCAAAGGCUGAUCCUAAACCCUGCCGCGAUUGUAAUGGGACCAAACACCAGGAAGUAUUCUCAUUCACGCGCGUCAAGGAAGUGGGGAUUAUUUCUCAUGGAAUAUUUUGCUCCGAGUUAAGGUGGUGCAUGCAUAUGAGUUUUGCGAAUGACUCUUGGACUUGAUCGCUCUUUAUAUUUAUUGCGGAGGUUCACUUGUGUCAUACAUCGCGGACAUUUUAUUGGACUCAGGGUCCGAUGUUGUACACUGGCCUGUAUUUUGGUAUGCUGACUUGUCGUAGCAUUGUAUGAGUUCUAUUAUAACAAGUGUUGACAGCAACGUUCAGAAUCCAAAGUGAGGCUGGUCCCAAGCCAGUACCUAUUACAUCAAUUUUCACUUCCAGUACUACAAU